AUGUAUUCACUUUUGAAAUGUUCAUUUGUCCAUGCAAAAGUGUGGAUGCAUAUGGCCUCGAACAAACGAUUGAGGACUACCCGAUCUGUGCAGCCUAUGGAGGCCCCUACACAACAUGAUUCCAUAGGCGAUGGACCUUCACUCCAAGGAGCUACUAGUAACGAUGAUUUAGGGGCUUUUCUCCCUAAUGAGGAUCCUAAGCAGACAAUUCCCACGCCUGGGGAGAGAAGGCGUGGUGUUACCCGCAUGCCAGGCAUAUGGAAUUUAUCGGAGGAUGAAAAAGUAAUAAUUGAAUUUAAUGCCUUGGGUCAGCCAAUUUGCGAUCAAGGCGGGAAGUUCAGUACUUUCGCUGGCACACUUGUUAAGGAUAAAAACAUUAUGCCUAUAGAUGUUGCGAAUUGGAAGAAAGUUCCUAAUAGACACAAGGCGGAUGCGUGGAACUUAAUACAAAAAAAGUUCUUCAUACCAGAACGCCAAGCUUCGAAAAUCAAGAAGUGGGUAUUGCAAAAUAUAGGAAAGCAAUUGCGAGAGUACCGGAAUGCAUUAAAGACUACUCACUUCAGCAAUUCAUUAACUGCUGCAGAAAUUGUGGCGAGUGUUGACUCAACCAAAAUUAAUAUCAUGCAAUUUGCGAAUCUUGUAAACUACUGGAAAGAUGGAAAAGUUCAGGAGAAGGCGCAAGUUGCUAAGGUGAGCCGAUCAAAGCAAGAAAUCCAGCACGCAUCAAGGGCAAAAAGCUUUGCUCGACGCGCCAACGAAAUGAGGAAAUCUACUGGGGCUAUACCAACCAGACCCGCAGUCUUUGUUGACACACAUAAGCAUAAUGAUGGCAUGCAUGUGAACGAUAAGACAAAACGAAUUGUUUCUAAAGUUGAGGAAAGCAUAAUGCAGGAGCCUCCAAACUCGCAAGAGGGUACCCAAGUAGGCAGCAUGAUGUACCAUCAAAAUGAUGCCUACUCAAAAUCUUUGGGUAAGGAACGUCAUGGUCGCGUGCGUGGGUUUGGACUAGGGAUUACCCUUUCAUCCCUUCCAGGUCAUGGUAGUUCACAAUCUAUUGCCAAUGCUUCUACACCAGAAGAUGCACAAGAACUUGCGGCACUAAGAUUAGAGGUAGCAGAGUUGAGGCGACAACGAGAGGUUAAAUUAUAA